GAUUUAUUUAAUUCCUCCCUAGUCGGGCCUUCUGUCGUGGGUGGCUUUGCGCCCCACUGCAACCUUCCUGUGAUUCCUGCACACUUGGGGUUUAUUUUUAAACCGAGCCGGGUCGUUUUUGGUGCUGCUGCUUCCUUGAGUGUGCAGCGCUUCAGUUUGUGUGUGAGGAAGCUUUGUGGUGUGGGUUCAAAGGCUUCAGCGCCGAAGCACUUCCUCGUCCUCGGUUGCUCUCAUCACUUCGACCCAGAGCGAUCAGCCUGUGAGCGCGCUGACCAUGUGUCCUCUCUCUGGCUUCAUGUGAGCCUCCGGUCCGUCAGACGGCGACAGCAGGAAGUCUCUGGGAUGCUGGGGAGCUUCGGUGGGAUGUAAAAAAAAUCUGUUUACUUUGAAUCAGCUGAGUGAUGCCUCGAUCUUUUCUGGUGAAGCGCGGAGGGCUGCACCACCUUCGGGCCGCAGUGAGAUGCCCCAGUCCUGGUUCCACCCCGGUGGUGUUCGGCAAGCUAGAGAAAAACGUGGAGUCCUGGGACGCGUCCCUGGGGUACUCCGCAGCCAAAGAGCCAGAUGAAAAGCAAGCGUCUAUUCUAACCUCACAGGCCAACAUUUAUGUUUCCAGUUGCACCGAUGCAAACAUGCACCUUCUUCAGCAAUUCAGUCCCAAAUCCAACGGGUGUACCUUUAUCAAACAGGAGAAAGGGGGCGCUAUCCCUCCCGUAACAGGAGCAUGGCUGAGUUCUGCCGUGAGCUCAGAUUAUCCGGACAAACUGUCAGAGGACCUGGGACAUCUGACUCCACCACAGCACAUCGAGAGGGAGACGAGGAACAGCAGCUGCUCCAGGAUCAGUGCACUGAGGCAAGAGUGUCUGCUCUGUGGCAAAAUAUUUUCAUCUCUGUCAAGCCUGAAGACACAUAUAUGCAAAAGUCAUGGAAACAAAGCUGCCCACUUCAAGGCCAGCAGGGCUGAUAAUAAGAAGUCUUCACACAGGGGCAAGGAGAAGACCUUCGGCUGUGAGGUGUGUGGGAAAGUGUUCAAGCGUUCCUCCACUCUCUCCACCCACCUGCUCAUACAUUCGGACACACGGCCGUAUCCCUGUCAGUACUGCGGCAAGAGAUUCCACCAGAAGUCGGACAUGAAGAAACACACAUUCAUUCACACAGGGGAGAAACCUCAUGUUUGCCAGAUAUGCGGCAAAGCAUUCAGCCAGAGCUCCAACCUCAUCACGCACAGCCGAAAGCACAGGGACGACCGGCCCUAUCGCUGCACUCUCUGCCACUACAGCUUCCAGCACAAAGUGGACCUGGGGCAGCACCAGGAGCACCACUGCACCUACCGCUGACCUCUGACCUUUCUCCUUCGUCACACAAAACACUUUGAGGACAGACAUCCCUUCCGCCUGCUGUUCUGAUGACCAGGUCUCAUGUAUCUACAGACUUCGCUCAGCUGCAGUGCACCUCGUGUGUCUUUUGUGGUCUAAAACAUCAGAUGAAAAUAAAGACUGCUGCAGCUUUGGAUGGAGUUUGCUUGUUUGGCAACUGCUGCGCUCUGCACUAAACCUUUCAAAAAUAAAUACUUUUACAUUUCUGAGAUCUGAAUAUGUUUGGAGAGAUGUUUCUCAUGUUUAUUUACUGGACAAAGAGAAGAAAAGGCAAUAAAAGGUUAAGUUUCAAAACAUCUUAGCGUAAUUAGCUUAUUUUAUUUAAUUACGUUGGACAAGAGGAAUGUUUCGGGCCAUGGGAUCUGAGGAUUUAAUUUAUUUUACCGUUUUCAUAUAAGUUUAAUUUGUACGAAGCUAGAAAAAAUAAUUUUAUUUGUACUACAAAACCUCUGAAUACAGAUUUUAUUUUAUUUUUUUCAACUAUCAUCUGGGUCCUGAACACCUUUUUCAGAUGAAUACUCUGUCACUUAUGUUCUUUGUUGAAAAUGUUAUAUAUUUACUCUUCUGAAGGCAAUUAGUUUAUUCUAUUUAGUGUUACAAGAAUAAAUGUGUCUGAAUAUAUAUGCAACUUACAUUUUAUAGAUUUGCAUUUCUGAAAACCUGAAAAAUCAUCUAUUAUUUUACUUUCAUUUCAAAAUCAUGCUGUACUUUGUGUUUGUCGGAUAAAAAUUCAACAAAUGGAUUGAAUUUUGAGUUUCCACUUCCAUGCUAUACAGUAGCUCUAACUCAUAAAACAACAUUUCAUCAAAUUAAAACCAGACCUUGCUCCCCCAAAGUACAACUGUCUGUGUGCUUAGUUUAACUGCAUGCAUUUAAACUAAGUUUUAUGGAAAUAAUUUUGGCAUUAUGUGUACUCUGUUUUAUUCUAAUAGUUUCCUGUGUCCAUUUUUCUUCCUACCUCAGCUCAUUUCUUAGAUUCUCCGCAGCUGCUCUUCAUUUUGUUUAUUGUACUCACCAGUUUCCCAGGCCACAAUCGCAUAUCCACACUAUUUAAACUCCCAGGAUUCAUUCUGUCAUAAUCUUCUGUUUUAUUCCUGUCACCCUAAUUUCUGAGUUUCCUGUGAGUUUUGUAAGUUCGUCAUUAAAUUCACCUUCAUCAUC